CCCUAACAGCCACAAAAUCUUUCCUCCAACCUUCCCUAUCGAUGAAAAUACACAGAGACGAUGCCUUUGCUCUCUCCGAUUCGAGCUCUAGUGUUUAGAUCGAGUUCGAUGACAGACAAAUUGAGGGUAAAUUGAGUCGGGUCAUCCCCAAAUAUCGGGUCGUCGACUAUGGCUGCAAAUAAUGCGGUCGGAUGAGUCGAAUGUGCCCCCCACAGCCGUUCAUCAUAUGAGCAAGGCGAAGAAGACGACGGUUUUGUUUUCCACCACCAGCGUUUUCCGGAAGAAAAAAAAACGAAACGGGCGAACCGGACAGUCAAUUAUCUCUUCCGCUCUUCUUCGUCAACAAUUGAAAACGGCAAAAGGGCGACCCGCAACCACUUCUUCAGUUCUUCUUCAAAUUCAUUCUUCUUCAGUGCACAGUUCUUCUUAUUCAGUUCUCGAGCGCUUCUUAAGUUCUUCUUCUUCAUAGAAUCUGAUGCUCUCACUAUCCAGCAUGUUCCGUUGUUCCAAUUUUCAGACAGAUUCCUAAAUUUGACUCUUGGAAGUAUAUGUUUUAAUAUUUAAAUAAUUGUUAAAUGUUGAU